AUGAAGAAGACGGCGGCGGCCUCCAAGCGGGGCCCGGCCGAGGGAGGCCCGGGGGGCCCGGCGGUGCCGUCGGCGGCGCCCGAGAAGGUGGGCUGGGUGCGCAAGUUCUGCGGGAAGGGCCUCUUCCGCCAGCUCUGGAAGCAGCGCUACGUCCUCCUGCGCGGGGAGCAGCUCUUCGUCGCCGAGAAGGAGGUGAAAGACGAGAAAACCAUCCAGGAAGUGUUUGACUUGAAUGACUACGAGAAAUGUGAAGAGCUCCGGAAAUCCAAAAGCCGGAGCAAAAAGAACCACAGCAAGUUCUUGCUCUCGCACUCCAAGGAGCCUGGGAACACGGCCCCGAACCUGGUCUUCCUGGCUGUGAGUCCUGAGGAGAAGGAGUCCUGGAUCAACGCCCUCAACUCCGCUAUAACCCGGGCAAAGAACCGCAUCUUGGAUGAGGUGACUGUGGAGGAGGAGAGCUAUCUCGCCCACCCGACGCGCGACAGGGCAAAGAUCCAGCACUCCAGGCGACCCCCGACCAGGGGGCACUUGAUGGCCGUGGCAUCUACCUCAACGUCUGACGGGAUGUUGACCCUUGACUUGAUCCAGGAAGAGGACACUUCCCUGGACGAUCCCGGGACUUGCGAGGACAGUUUCCGGGUGGAUCUGGACAAGACAGUCGCCCACCUCACCGAGGGACGAAGGUGUUCGGAUUCCGAGAACGCCAACCCGCCCGAGAGGGGCCGGACGAACAGCCUCCCGAGGAGGGAGGUCAUCUCUUGGGACCGGUCCUCGCUGCGGAAGGAUUCCUUCGACAAAGGGACCAUGUAUACCCCUCAGGUCCCCAAGAAGCUCUCACACGCCGAGAAGAACAAAUUUGCCUCCAUGGAAGAGAUCCUCUCGUGCCGGGAUUCUAGCUCGGUGCACCGUGCGGUCCUGCGCAAGGGCCUGGGGGAACACUUUGCCGCCGCCGAGCCGGAGCAGCUGAGCCGGAUCCAGGAACUCGUCGCGCUGAAACUUGAAAAGACACAGGAACUUUUGGCAGAGGUGAAGGGCUACGGGGAGGGCAGGCGGAAGGCGAAGGAGCUGGGCACUUCCUCCUCCUCUUCCUCUCCUGCCAAGCCGGACACGGAGGCCGUCCUGCAGGAGACGGAGCGGCUGCUGGGGGAAGCCACGUCCCACUGGAGCCAAGCCCAGCAGGUGCUGGCCGAAGUCCGGGAGCUCCGGAACCUCUACAAGAGGCUGGAACUGCAGGUCUCCGAGCCGAAGCCCCACCAGGCCGCCCAGCAGUCACAGUACAGGAAGAGCCUGAUGUGAAGGCAAGGGGGGAAGCGGGCGGGAAGGGGGUUCCUACCAAUCUCUAUUUUUCUUGACAGUGUUUGAAGCGUUCAGGUGCCUGCUCUCGCCCCGACCCCACUCCUGAGAAGCCGGAUCCUUCCCCCUCUUGCGUCCCCUCUUAAUACCAUCCCUCCCUCCCUCCGUCUCCAAACAAACACAUUCCAAUAAAUGUGACAGCGUU